GGGAGAAAGAACAGUGCCAAGUUAAGAAGAAGGAUCAGUGAAGAGAAGGCAUCAUAUCUAUGAUGUGACAUUGAGUAACCAGUGAUCCUCCAGAUGGGCAUCAGUCCUCUGGAAUGGACAGGCUGUUUGCUGGACUGAAGAUGCUACUUGUCCCUGGAGAAUAUGUCCCUGUAGCCAGGUGGGUGGGCUGGAGGGCCCAUGCCAAUGGGAAUGGCCAUGCUUGUUUUGAUCAUGAGGAAAGAAGGAGCCACUGAGGAAGCAUUGUUUAAGACAAAACAACAGCAACAAAAGUUAAUAAAGCUCUGUCCUGGCCAAUAUCCUGUCCUUUCUAAUUGCACUGCAGCUAAAUGGAAACUCUCAGAGUUUCUUGGAACAUUUUAUUCAACUUCUGGAGGUGCUGCAUUUACACUAAAGCUUAUGAGGCUCUGUGGGGGUUGGAGAAAUGAGCAGUGGUGGGCCAGCGAGCUCUAAGGAGCCCAGCUUGAUAGGUUAGAGCUGAUUUUAGUAAAAUUCCUGGCUGAAUGGGUUCAUCCUGGGCCUAACCCAACAGGUGAUGCUUAUGUUUCUAGGUUCAUAGUUGUGUGGGGAGGUGUUUACACCCAUAUUGUUCUUUAACAGAUUUAUUCCUUUUCUCUUUUUGAGGCUUUAUUCCCUUUCUCUUUUUUUAUUCUUUUCUCUUUUUUGAGGCUGUGUGGAAUUGCCCUUGAUUACUAGAGGGAGGGGAACAGGGCCAGCUGCUUUCUUCUAGCCCAAGUGGGACAUGGAAUAGAGUACUCUUGUUCACACCGUUCCACACAGUCACUGGAACUGUCUUGCCACAGCCCAUCUCUGUCUAGGUCUCCUGCAUGGUGGGAGAGCCAUGUGUGCCCCUCUCCCACCUCCCACCCUCCAUUUCGGAAACCCUUCGGAUUUCUCCCAAGUUGUGUUCUGGAAAGCCCCCUUUGGCAUUCUUCUUAGGAGACGCUCUCCCUUGGCAGCCACAGCCAGGAGCUAAAGAGAAAGGUGAAAGGCCAUUAAUGAGGCCUGCUUACCUCAGCCUGUGCCCAUGGUAUGUCAGCUGUAUCCCGGAGGGACAUCCUGUUGGGAAGUAGCCAUGUUUCCCCAGUCCCUGCCCUACUCUGAGGGCUUCCAUGGCUCUGGGAAAGAUGUCACAGUUCCUCGGGGAACAUUCCAGAGCCCCAGAAACUCUCUUUGGGAGGACACAGAUGGUACAUAUCUCUUUCUCAGCCCAGCUACCUACUAGGCAUUUGACUCUAAGCAAGUUAUUUAACCUCUUGGAAUGUGGGUUUUCUCUUCAGUAGACCGGGGAAAAUGAUCCCUGUCCUACAGACCUUGUGGGGCUGUUCGGAGACCCAAAGUAGAUGAUGGAUAUGAAAGUACUUUGUGAACCAAAAAAGUACUGGCUACACCUGAAUGAUGGAUUUUAUUGUUUGGGAAGGAAGGGGGAGCCUCCGGGGUCAGUGCACUGCUGUCUGGAGAGAGGAGGGGCUUGCAUUCUUGUGUUAACUACAGGCUGGAGUCUUGUCCAUUUAAGGUAAUAACAAAAUAAUACUAUUGGAGCCAGAGAGGUGGCUUCCAGGCAGUCUGUCUGCUCAGUCCCACUACUGCCCUUUCAGAAGGAACCACGAUGCAGGGUGGUGCUGGUGCAGGGGCCAGGGGGUGGAGAGGUUGUGUCUGCGCUCACUUUCUCGUCUCCCUCCCAGCUCUUAUCCCCACCCUCCCCCAGCCUCCGCCUCAGUCUGAGUUCUGUCAGGAUCUUUGGCCUGUCUCAGCUCAGGGGCCUAAAGCUCCCAGGAAGGGAGGACUGAGGGAGGAUUGCUCCCACCGGCUGCCCAAUGAAGAACAGGAGGCCUGGGAAGCUAACAUUUCUGUUAGGACAGUGAGAAGGCAUUGCUGGUUUGGCCGAAGCUGACACAAAAGCUGUGAUGGGUGUGCACAGGGCUGCCAGGUACUUUUUAGGCUUAGAGGACAGAGUGGUCCCAGAAGCUAGAGUCCCCUUGGGUUUCACUUCUGUGAGCAGGACUCCCAGUCACUAGGGGUGCAGCCUCACUGCAUGGGUGGCCAGUCCGCUAUAAAAUGGGCUCCCAGCAGGGCAGGCAUGGGGAGCCCCAUCAUCUUCCUACAGGCUGUAGGCAGUGCCCACGAUCUGAGGUGCCAUAGUGCAUUCCUCUCCUUGCCAUGAGAAUGAAAUUGUGUGGCAUUCCCAGACUCACUUGCCUGUUCAUUUAUUCAGUAAGUAAAUACUCGAGCACUUGUAAAGUUCAAGGCACUAUGUGAAGUACAUUGGGGGACACAACGAUGAUUAUGAAGCAGUUCCUAUGUUCGUGGAGUUUAUGAUCAAGUAAGGCAGCAGAGUCCUAGACAAGGAGAACGUGAAAUGGAAUAUAAAGGGGAAGACCAGAGAUGGCUGCCCAGUAUGCGGUAGUUGAGUUAGACAUUGGGAAAAUCAGAGGAAGCCAUGCUGUUGGCAGGAAGAGCAGGAGCAAAGGCAGGGAGGUAGGAAACCGUGGAAUGUAUGGACAUGUGGGUGCGAAGGAGAGGGAUUGAGAGGUCAGGAGGAUGAAUGCUUGAGCACUGCUCUCCAUUGAGUGCUAUACCAGAAAUGGCACAUUCUUCCUUUCCUGGGAACCUCACAAUGUUUCCGUGGGGCAGAUGCUUUUCUCUCCAGUUUAUAAGGAGGGAGCUUGGGCUAAGGGAGUUGAAGAAACUUGGUUGAAACCAGGCAACUAUUAAGUGGUAACAGGAUUUGAACCCAUGACUGUGUGACUCCAGAGCCUGUGCUAUCUCCAUGAUAACAGGAUCCACAAAUGGACAGAGGGAGUAAGGGGCUGUGGUCUUUUUCUGCUCAUGUGGGUCUAGCAUUCUUGGACAGGAGUGUCUCUGGUCCCUGUGGAGUGAGGCAGUGAGACUCUGGGUCUUCUGGGCAGGCCUUGGAAUCCUGGAUGGCUGAGCUCCUGGCUUCCCACCCCAGUCCUAUUAAGGGAGCCACUGGCCUCUGUCGUGAGAGGCAGGGAAAGCCAGAAUGUUGAGGUAUUCUGGAAUGAAAUUUAAGACAUGACCUAGAAUGUGGAUUUUCAUUCCCAAGACCACCUCUAACCUCGCCUCUUUGUGACAGCUCUCCCUGCCUCCCCCCCGCCCCGCCCCCCACAUCUCUGACCUCCUCUUGGGCCCCUGCAGACUAGGUCUGCACAAGGCGGCGGUGUUCUGCACUUGUUCCUUUGUUGCUGUGAAACGGCUCCGGCACAGUCAGCCUCUGUGUGGGAGGACUGGUGGCUGUCUUCACAGGCAGGCAUUUGCUCAGAGCAGGCUGCGUGUGAGCCCAGCAUCAAGUAAUUCCGGCCUCCUCGAGUCGGAGGUGGUGGGAUGAGGCUCUGCUGAGGGACUGGCUGUGAAGGAUGAGUUCAGGGUGGGAUGACGGACCGCUUCUGGGACCAGUGGUAUCUCUGGUAUCUCCGCCUGCUCCGGCUGCUGGAUCGAGGAUCUUUUCGGAAUGAUGGUUUGAAAGCUUCUGAUGUCCUUCCCAUCCUAAAGGAAAAAGUGGCCUUCGUGUCUGGGGGCCGUGAUAAGCGAGGUGGACCCAUUCUGACCUUCCCUGCUCGCAGCAAUCAUGACAGAAUAAGACAGGAAGACCUGCGGAAACUCGUGACCUAUUUGGCCAGCGUGCCAAGUGAGGACGUGUGCAAACGUGGCUUCACCGUCAUCAUCGACAUGCGGGGCUCCAAGUGGGACCUCAUCAAGCCCCUCCUCAAGACGCUACAGGAAGCCUUUCCAGCUGAGAUCCAUGUGGCCCUCAUCAUCAAACCCGACAACUUCUGGCAGAAACAGAAGACCAACUUUGGCAGCUCCAAAUUCAUCUUUGAGACAAGCAUGGUGUCCGUGGAGGGCCUCACGAAGCUGGUGGACCCCUCCCAGCUGACCGAGGAGUUUGAUGGCUCCCUGGACUACAACCACGAAGAGUGGAUCGAGCUGCGGCUCUCCCUGGAGGAGUUCUUCAACAGUGCUGUGCACCUGCUGUCACGCCUCGAGGACCUACAGGAGAUGCUGGCCCGGAAGGAGUUCCCCGUGGACGUGGAAGGCUCACGGCGGCUCAUCGACGAGCACACGCAGCUCAAGAAGAAGGUGCUGAAGGCCCCUGUGGAGGAGCUGGACCGGGAGGGGCAGCGGCUGCUGCAGUGUAUCCGCUGCAGUGACGGCUUCUCAGGGCGCAACUGCAUCCCGGGCAGCGCCGACUUCCAGAGCCUGGUGCCCAAGAUCACCAGCCUCCUGGACAAGCUGCACUCCACCCGGCAGCACCUGCACCAGAUGUGGCAUGUGCGCAAGCUCAAGUUGGACCAGUGCUUCCAGCUACGGCUUUUUGAGCAGGAUGCCGAGAAGAUGUUCGACUGGAUAAGCCACAACAAGGAGUUAUUCCUCCAGAGCCAUACGGAGAUCGGCGUGAGCUACCAGCAUGCUCUAGACCUCCAGACACAGCACAAUCACUUUGCCAUGAACUCCAUGAAUGCUUAUGUCAAUAUCAACCGCAUCAUGUCCGUGGCUUCCCGCCUCUCUGAGGCCGGCCAUUAUGCCUCACAGCAAAUCAAGCAGAUUUCCACACAGCUGGACCAGGAGUGGAAGAGCUUCGCUGCUGCUCUGGAUGAACGCAGCACCAUCCUUGCCAUGUCUGCGGUAUUCCACCAGAAGGCUGAGCAGUUCCUGUCAGGAGUGGACGCCUGGUGCAAGAUGUGCAGUGAGGGUGGCCUGCCAUCCGAGAUGCAGGACCUGGAGCUGGCAAUCCACCAUCAUCAGUCCUUGUAUGAGCAGGUGACCCAGGCCUACACGGAGGUCAGCCAAGAUGGCAAAGCUCUGCUGGAUGUGCUGCAGCGUCCCCUGAGUCCUGGGAACUCUGAGUCCCUCACGGCCACUGCCAACUACUCCAAGGCGGUGCACCAGGUGCUGGACGUGGUGCACGAGGUGCUGCACCACCAGCGGCGGCUCGAGAGCAUCUGGCAGCACCGCAAGGUGCGGCUCCACCAGCGGCUGCAGCUCUGUGUAUUCCAGCAAGACGUGCAACAGGUGUUGGAUUGGAUUGAAAACCAUGGUGAGGCCUUUCUCAGCAAACACACCGGGGUUGGGAAGUCCCUGCAUCGAGCCCGGGCCCUGCAGAAGAGGCAUGAUGACUUUGAAGAGGUGGCUCAGAAUACCUACACCAACGCGGACAAGCUCCUAGAGGCUGCAGAGCAGCUGGCUCAGACGGGGGAAUGUGACCCCGAGGAGAUCUACAAGGCAGCUCGACACCUGGAGGUGCGCAUCCAGGACUUUGUGCGCAGGGUGGAACAGCGGAAGCUUCUCCUGGACAUGUCUGUCUCCUUCCACACGCACACCAAAGAGUUGUGGACAUGGAUGGAAGACCUUCAGAAGGAGAUGCUGGAGGACGUCUGUGCAGACUCAGUGGAUGCGGUCCAGGAACUGAUCAAGCAGUUCCAGCAGCAGCAGACUGCCACUCUGGACGCCACGCUCAAUGUCAUCAAGGAAGGCGAAGACCUUAUCCAGCAGCUCAGGUCAGCGCCUCCCUCCCUGGGGGAGCCCAGCGAGGCCAGGGACUCAGCUGUGUCCAACAACAAGACACCCCACAGCAGCUCCAUCAGCCACAUCGAGUCAGUCCUUCAGCAGCUGGAUGAUGCCCAGGUACAGAUGGAGGAGCUGUUCCACGAGCGGAAGAUCAAGCUAGACAUCUUCCUGCAGCUGCGCAUCUUCGAGCAAUAUACCAUUGAGGUGACAGCAGAGCUAGACGCCUGGAAUGAAGACUUGCUCCGGCAGAUGAAUGACUUCAAUACAGAGGAUCUGACGCUCGCGGAGCAGCGGCUGCAACGCCACACAGAGCGGAAGCUGGCCAUGAACAACAUGACCUUCGAGGUCAUCCAGCAGGGUCAGGAUCUGCACCAGUACAUCAUGGAGGUCCAGGCCUCAGGAAUUGAGUUAAUCUGUGAGAAAGACAUCGAUCUGGCAGCCCAGGUACAAGAGCUACUGGAGUUUCUCCAUGAGAAGCAGCACGAACUGGAGCUCAACGCAGAGCAGACCCAUAAGCGGUUAGAGCAGUGCCUCCAGCUGCGGCACCUGCAAGCCGAGGUCAAACAGGUCCUGGGAUGGAUCCGCAAUGGGGAGUCAAUGCUCAAUGCCAGCCUGGUCAAUGCCAGCUCUUUGUCUGAAGCAGAGCAGCUGCAGAGGGAACACGAGCAGUUCCAACUGGCAAUCGAGUCCCUCUUUCAUGCCACUUCCUUGCAGAAGACGCACCAGAGCGCCCUGCAGGUACAGCAGAAAGCUGAGGCUCUGCUCCAGGCCGGCCACUAUGAUGCCGAUGCCAUCCGGGAAUGUGCCGAGAAGGUGGCCCUCCACUGGCAGCAGCUCAUGCUGAAGAUGGAAGACCGGCUAAAACUAGUCAAUGCCUCUGUGGCAUUUUAUAAAACUUCUGAACAGGUCUGUAGUGUCCUGGAGAGUUUAGAGCAAGAAUACCGGAGAGAUGAGGACUGGUGUGGUGGACGAGACAAACUGGGACCAGCAGCAGAGAUGGACCACGUCAUCCCACUCAUCAGUAAACAUUUGGAACAAAAGGAGGCCUUUCUUAAGGCCUGUACCCUGGCGCGGCGGAACGCUGAAGUGUUUCUCAAGUACAUCCACAGGAACAACGUCAGCAUGCCCAGUGCCGCCAGCCACACGCGGGGACCUGAGCAGCAAGUGAAAGCCAUCUUGAGUGAGCUCUUACAGAGGGAGAAUCGCGUCCUGCACUUCUGGACCUUGAAGAAGCGACGGUUAGACCAGUGCCAGCAAUAUGUGGUGUUUGAGCGCAGUGCUAAGCAGGCGCUGGACUGGAUCCAAGAAACAGGUGAAUAUUACCUCUCAACACAUACCUCCCCCGGAGAGACCACAGAGGAGACUCAGGAACUGCUGAAAGAGUAUGGGGAAUUCAGGGUGCCCGCCAAGCAAACAAAGGAGAAGGUGAAGCUUCUGAUUCAACUGGCCGAUAGCUUUGUGGAAAAAGGCCACAUUCAUGCCACAGAGAUCAGGAAAUGGGUGACCACAGUGGACAAGCAUUACAGAGACUUCUCCUUGAGGAUGGGAAAGUACCGGUACUCCCUGGAGAAAGCCCUCGGCGUCAACACAGAGGACAAUAAGGACUUGGAGCUGGACAUCAUCCCAGCAAGCCUUUCAGAUCGUGAGGUCAAGCUACGGGAUGCCAACCACGAAGUCAAUGAAGAGAAGCGGAAGUCAGCCCGGAAGAAAGAAUUCAUUAUGGCUGAAUUACUGCAGACAGAGAAGGCGUAUGUAAGGGACUUACAUGAGUGCUUAGAGACCUACCUGUGGGAAAUGACCAGUGGCGUGGAGGAGAUCCCCCCUGGGAUCCUUAAUAAAGAGCAUAUCAUCUUUGGCAACAUCCAGGAGAUCUACGAUUUUCAUAACAACAUCUUCCUCAAAGAGCUGGAGAAGUAUGAGCAGCUGCCUGAGGAUGUGGGACACUGCUUUGUUACCUGGGCAGACAAAUUUCAGAUGUACGUCACCUACUGUAAAAACAAGCCUGAUUCCAACCAGCUGAUCCUGGAGCAUGCAGGCACCUUCUUUGAUGAGAUACAGCAGCGGCACGGUCUGGCCAACUCCAUCUCUUCCUACCUAAUCAAGCCCGUCCAGAGGAUCACCAAGUACCAGCUGCUCCUGAAGGAACUUUUAACUUGCUGCGAAGAAGGGAAGGGAGAGCUCAAGGAUGGCCUGGAGGUGAUGCUCAGUGUCCCAAAGAAAGCCAAUGAUGCCAUGCAUGUCAGCAUGCUGGAAGGGUUCGACGAGAACCUGGAUGUGCAGGGGGAGCUGAUUCUCCAGGAUGCCUUUCAAGUGUGGGACCCAAAGUCACUGAUCCGGAAGGGGCGAGAGCGGCACUUGUUCCUCUUUGAGAUCUCCUUGGUUUUUAGCAAGGAGAUCAAAGACUCUUCAGGACACACGAAAUAUGUUUACAAGAACAAGCUACUGACCUCAGAGCUGGGUGUGACGGAGCACGUAGAAGGUGAUCCCUGCAAAUUCGCCUUGUGGUCUGGGCGCACCCCUUCCUCAGACAAUAAAACAGUGCUGAAAGCCUCCAACAUAGAAACCAAGCAGGAGUGGAUCAAGAACAUUCGAGAGGUGAUUCAAGAGAGGAUCAUUCACCUGAAAGGAGCUUUAAAGGAGCCAAUUCAACUCCCCAAAACACCAGCCAAACAGAGGAACAAUAGUAAGAGGGAUGGAGUGGAGGAUGUUGACAGCCAGGGGGAUGGAAGCAGCCAGCCAGACACCAUCUCUAUCGCCUCUAGGACCUCUCAGAAUACAGUGGACAGUGACAAGCUCUCUGGCGGAUGUGAGUUGACCGUGGUCCUCCAGGACUUCAAUGCAGGCCACAGCAGCGAGCUGACCAUCCAGGUGGGACAGACGGUGGAGCUGCUGGAGCGGCCCAGCGAGCGGCCGGGCUGGUGUCUGGUCCGCACCACGGAAAGGAGCCCCCCGCAGGAGGGCCUGGUUCCCAGCAGCGCCCUGUGCAUCUCCCAUUCCCGAAGCAGCGUGGAGAUGGACUGCUUCUUCCCCCUGGUGAAAGAUGCAUACUCCCAUUCCUCAAGUGAAAACGGAGGCAAGUCUGAGUCAGUGGCCAACCUGCAGUCUCAGCCCUCCCUGAACUCCAUCCACAGCUCCCCCGGUCCCAAGCGUUCUACUAACACCCUUAAGAAGUGGCUGACGAGCCCCGUGCGCCGGCUCAACAGCGGGAAAGCAGAUGGAAACAUCAAGAAGCAGAAGAAAGUACGAGAUGGCCGGAAGAGCUUCGACCUGGGAUCUCCCAAGCCUGGGGAUGAGACGACCCCUCAGGGAGACAGUGCAGAUGAGAAGAACAAGAAAGGAUGGGGUGAAGAUGAGCCAGAUGAAGAGUCACACACCCCCCUCCCUCCACCUAUGAAGAUCUUUGACAAUGACCCUACGCAGGACGAGAUGUCCUCCUCUUUGCUAGCAGCCCGGCAGGCUUCCACUGAAGUACCUUCUGCUGCAGACCUUGUCAGUGCAAUAGAACAAUUGGUCAAAAGCAAGCUGAGUCUAGAAGGAGGCUCAUACCGGGGAAGCCUGAAAGACCCUGUAGGCUGCCUGAAUGAGGGAAUGACCCCACCCACACCUCCUAGAAACCUAGAAGAAGAACAGAAAGCCAAGGCCCUGAGGGGCAGGAUGUUUGUCUUGAAUGAGCUGGUACAGACAGAAAAAGACUAUGUCAAAGAUCUGGGGAUUGUGGUGGAGGGCUUCAUGAAGAGAAUAGAAGAAAAGGGUGUCCCUGAGGACAUGCGAGGAAAGGAUAAAAUCGUGUUUGGAAAUAUUCACCAGAUUUACGACUGGCAUAAGGAUUUUUUCCUGGCUGAACUGGAAAAAUGUAUCCAGGAGCAAGACAGGCUGGCACAGCUCUUCAUCAAACACGAGCGGAAGCUGCACAUCUACGUGUGGUACUGCCAGAACAAGCCGCGCUCAGAGUACAUCGUCGCGGAGUACGACGCUUACUUUGAAGAAGUGAAACAGGAGAUAAAUCAAAGGCUGACACUUAGUGACUUCCUUAUCAAGCCCAUUCAGAGAAUCACAAAAUACCAGUUGCUCCUCAAGGACUUCCUGAGAUACAGCGAGAAGGCUGGUUUGGAGUGUUCAGAUAUCGAGAAAGCAGUGGAGUUAAUGUGCCUUGUUCCAAAACGCUGCAAUGACAUGAUGAAUCUGGGACGCCUGCAGGGCUUUGAGGGCACCCUGACCGCUCAGGGGAAGCUGCUGCAGCAGGACACGUUCUAUGUGAUUGAGCUGGACGCGGGCAUGCAGUCCCGGACCAAGGAGAGGCGUGUGUUCCUCUUUGAGCAAAUCGUCAUCUUCAGUGAACUGCUAAGGAAGGGAUCCCUCACCCCGGGCUACAUGUUCAAAAGGAGCAUCAAGAUGAAUUACUUGGUCCUGGAGGAGAACGUGGACAAUGACCCCUGCAAGUUUGCACUCAUGAACAGGGAGACUUCAGAGAGGGUCAUUCUGCAAGCUGCCAACGCGGACAUCCAGCAGGCCUGGGUGCAGGACAUCAACCAAGUCUUAGAAACACAGCGAGACUUCCUAAAUGCACUACAGUCGCCCAUUGAGUACCAGCGGAAAGAAAGGAACACAGCUGUGAUGAGGUCCCAGCCAUCCAGAGUUCCCCAAGCCAGCCCCAGACCCUACUCCUCUGUCCCCGGGGGCUCUGACAAGCCCCCAAAGGGCUCCAGCUAUAACCCGCCUCUGCCACCCCUGAAGAUAUCUACCUCCAAUGGCAGUCCAGGGUUUGACUAUCACCAGCCUGGGGACAAGUUUGAGGCCACCAAGCAGGGCGACCUGGGGGGCUGCAAUGGGACCUCCUCCAUGGCCGUGAUCAAAGAUUACUAUGCACUGAAGGAGAACGAAAUCUGUGUGAGCCAAGGUGAGGUGGUCCAGGUCCUCGCCGUCAACCAGCAGAACAUGUGCCUGGUAUACCAGCCGGCCAGCGACUGCUCCCCUGCGGCCGAGGGCUGGGUCCCGGGCAGCGUCCUGGCACCCCUCACCAAAGCCACCGCGGCAGCAGAAAGUAGUGACGGAAGCAUCAAGAAGUCAUGUUCAUGGCAUACCCUACGAAUGAGAAAGCGGGCGGAAGUGGAGAACACGGGUAAAAAUGAAGCCACAGGGCCUCGUAAACCCAAGGAUAUUCUGGGCAACAAAGUCUCUGUUAAAGAGACGAACAGUUCCGAGGAGUCAGAGUGUGAUGAUCUUGACCCUAAUACUAGCAUGGAGAUCUUAAAUCCAAAUUUCAUCCAAGAAGUGGCCCCAGAGUUCCUUGUGCCCUUAGUGGAUGUGACCUGCUUGCUUGGGGACACAGUGACAUUGCAGUGCAAAGUCUGUGGGCGGCCGAAGCCCACCAUCACCUGGAAGGGUCCAGACCAGAACAUCCUUGACACUGACAACAGCUCGGCCACAUACACCGUCUCCUCCUGUGAUUCUGGGGAAAUCACCCUGAAGAUCUGCAAUCUGAUGCCCCAAGACAGUGGGAUUUAUACCUGCAUAGCAACGAACGACCAUGGCACCACAUCUACGUCUGCUACAGUUAAAGUGCAAGGUGUUCCAGCAGCCCCUAACCGCCCCAUUGCCCAGGAGAGAAGCUGCACUUCUGUGAUUCUCCGCUGGCUGCCUCCCUCCAGCACUGGGAACUGCACUAUUUCUGGUUACACUGUGGAGUACCGGGAGGAAGGUUCCCAGGCCUGGCAGCAGUCUGUAGCUUCGACCUUGGACACUUACCUCGUCAUCGAAGACCUCAGCCCUGGGAGUCCUUAUCAGUUCAGAGUCAGCGCCAGUAACCCCUGGGGGAUCAGCCUUCCCAGCGAGCCCUCAGAGUUUGUGCGACUCCCAGAGUACGAUGCUGCUGCUGAUGGUGCCACCAUUUCUUGGAAGGAUAAUUUUGAUUCAGCUUAUACUGAGCUGAAUGAAAUUGGAAGAGGCCGUUUCUCCAUCGUAAAGAAAUGCAUUCACAAAGCUACCCGCAAGGAUGUCGCUGUGAAAUUUGUUAGCAAAAAAAUGAAGAAAAAAGAGCAGGCCGCCCACGAGGCUGCCCUACUUCAGCACCUGCAGCACCCCCAGUACAUCACUCUCCAUGACACUUAUGAGUCCCCCACAUCCUACAUCCUGAUUUUGGAACUGAUGGAUGAUGGCCGGCUCUUAGACUACCUUAUGCAUCACGAUGAGCUGAUGGAAGAGAAAGUAGCUUUCUAUAUCCGAGACAUCAUAGAAGCUCUGCAGUAUCUUCACAACUGCAGGGUGGCCCAUUUGGACAUCAAGCCGGAAAACCUGCUCAUCGACCUUCGCAUUCCAGUACCUCGAGUGAAGCUCAUCGACCUGGAAGAUGCCGUCCAGAUCUCGGGCCACUUCCACAUCCACCACCUGCUGGGGAACCCCGAGUUUGCUGCCCCAGAAGUGAUCCAAGGCAUCCCCGUCUCCCUGGGCACAGAUAUCUGGAGCAUCGGGGUGCUGACAUAUGUCAUGCUGAGUGGGGUGUCCCCCUUCUUGGAUGAGAGUAAAGAGGAGACAUGUAUCAAUGUGUGCAGGGUGGACUUCAGCUUCCCGCACGAAUACUUCUGUGGUGUGAGCCAUGCCGCCAGAGACUUCAUCAAUGUGAUCCUACAGGAAGACUUUCGGAGGAGGCCCACGGCAGCCACCUGCCUGCAGCAUCCCUGGCUGCAGCCCCACAAUGGCAGCUACUCCAAGAUCCCCCUGGACACCUCCCGCCUGGCGUGCUUCAUAGAACGCCGCAAGCAUCAGAACGACGUGCGGCCUAUCCCCAAUGUCAAGAGCUACAUCGUCAACCGAGUAAACCAAGGGACAUAGCCAUCUCCUGGCCCUUGGGGUUUCACAUGGAAGUGCAGUGUGAACCAAAGCAAGACUGAAUGUCUGUAAAUAAUUCUGUUAGUUCACUCCAUGCAGUUCUCUGGAUCGAGCGAUGUACCUCUUAAACCUCGUCAGUGGUUAUUCAGGGUCUGGGCAGCCGUAAAACUACCCUAAAUCCAGGGACAUUUCAGAAGGUCAUUUGGAAGAGGUAAAGAUGCAAAGAGUCACCCAAAGCAUUAAAGAGAGGGCCAAGGAGGACAAGAAUAUUAGCUGUUAGACAAUUUUAAUAGAGUGUUCCAAAAUGAGUGGUUAACCGGGCAAACCCAAAGCUCACUGUAGUGAGUAUAAAAGGUUUCUAACUCUGCUGCAAUUUUAAGCAAAAAGUUCUAUUUAACAGAGACAUCAUGUAUGCCAACUAUUCUGGUUUAGAUUACUUAGAUAUAGUUUCUUAAUAGGAUACAUAUACACAUACAGUAAAAUAUAUCCCAUUCAGGUUUCAGAGUUUUAUAAUAUAGAGGUAUAUAUGAAAUCAAUCAUAAGUAACUUUGAGUGCUCCAGUUAAGACAGUAAUUUAUUUACCGAAGCAUUAUGUUGUUUUGACUAAGCACAAUUAGAUGACAAGUUUUUUAGAGCAUUUUAUAAAUCUUGUAUAGAAAUCUUUUACCAGAACCCGUGCAUUAAGAGAAAGCAAUGUUACCCUUUUGCAGUCCGUGAAUGAGAAGAUUUUUCUCUCAGUCACAAGUAUUUGAUUAACAUAGGUUCUGUAUAUGAAAUGCUACCCCCAAAUUCACUGGCAGCUCAGAGUUCAUCUGGCAGGAAAGCCUGCCAGAAAAGAAGUCCAAAUACAGUAAGAGUUCUGGGGUUAUUUUUAUGUCUACACUCGGUUUGAACUAGGUAAUGAAUAUAACAGGUUCAUACAAAAGGGCAAGUAGAAACCUUUCCUACGGUUCCUAAGAACAACGUAACGACACUUUCUGACUUCUUCUACAGCUGUAGAAGGCAGUCCUCAGAAAGUUGGCUUGCUUUAUUUCUAACCCCUUCUGGAAGCUAAGGGGUGCUUACCAAAAGGAGGCAGCCAUAUAGGCCUUUUAAAGGCCUGGUCCCAAGUCCUUUUUGAAGCCAUGGAAUAAAAUCUGAUAUAUCACUCUAACAGAGCAUUGAGUUUCAACUGUGAUUGCAAUACCUGUCGCCACUCAGCCGCUGAUAUUUCCCUGGACCAAAAGGACUCAUUGCACUUUGAGGCCAAUGCUGCUUUCUGGCAUGUAUUCUUCACACACAGUGAUUCUGAACUGCCCUUUCCCCUGCUAGUGGGGGAAAAAAAAACUUCAACCUGGGCAUUUCAUGGUUGUUUUUCUUUCUUUGUUUUUGAGGAACAAUUCUGGGUUUUUUGUGUUGGUCCACGACCCACCCUUUGUUUUCUAGGAUGUGUUUUAAAAGUUGCUAUUAUGCAAAUAAUAUUUUAAAAAUAUAACUCAAGUGUUUAUCCUCCAAUCAGGUUUAAUGGCAUUGCUUCUCUCCUAUGAUAGGAUUGAGAAAAUUAAAAUCGAGCUGCACAAAAGUGCAAGCAGAGAGUUUAAGAAGGAUAAAUAGAAUUACAAAUCUGUCUAAAUGAAAAAGAAUGGUGGAAAUGAAGCCUGAACUUUAAUAUAUUAAAACACUUAUUCCCACAGCGGAAAUAGAGAAUUAAAAAUACUCAUCUGUCUUUUCCAUUGGUCUCAGAGCCAACUUCGUCAUCCACCCUCCACCUCAUCCCAUCCAAGAUUAUAGAUUAAUCAAUUAGUAGAAAGUACAAGCAAUAAGACUAGAUAGCAUUUCGUAUUUUUAGGAUUAACCAAAUACGUGGAAACUGAUUCCGACUGUAAUUUGGUUCCUAGUUUCGAAUGGCCCUGGGUCACCGAGGUGCCCUCCCUCAGACCCUGCCCUUGACCAACCCUCUCUAGUCUUCAUUUAAACCUACAUGUAUAUACAAAUACUAUCUGAUAUAAUAUUUUAAAAUUUAAAACAUAUUUACUAAAAAACCUUUUAGUAAACAUGUCUUCAUUGUGAGAUCUAGCCUAAAAGAAGAAAGCCUGGUCCCUAGGGCUAGUCAUGGGAUGGAGGGCAGGUGCUGAGGAUUCCAAAUACCCAUAAAAUGUGGCUUGGCAAGGUCUGUUUCAUCCACUGUGCACAGCAACUAAAGAACUCUCUGCCGAGUCCUUUUGAGUUUGUAUGACCAUGUAAGAGAUGGGUUGAGUUUCUGCUGGAGAAGAUUUGGGCCUUGGACAGUGGUGCACAGAGGGCACAGGAGAGCAUUCAUGAAAUCAUCUUGUGGGAAGGCAGCUGACAGAACGUUAUAGCCAAAGGUUUUAUAUCAGCUUUUACAUCACAGUUGGGACAGCCCAGGUGUGGGGUUGCGUGAAAUUUCCCCUCCCCGCAAGUACACAUGCUGGGGAAGUGAGGAGACAGGACAAGCAGGACAUAGAAAUGAAAAGUAGGAUGAUUCUGUUAACUGGAGCCAAAGUACAAUCAUUAGAGUAGAAUUCAUUUAAUAGAGGCCCGAAGAGAAAGGGUGUGUAUUUUAUAUAGUUUGAUAACGGAAGAAAACUAACAGAGAGGUUCCCUGUCUGCAAAGCCCCUGCUCACUCCCCUGCUAUCCCAAGUAAGAGAGCAGUCCUGGUUCAAGAUUUCUCCACAGGGCGUUGGAAAUAACAAGGAAGGCUUUAACAAGGAAGCCCAGAAGGUGGGGCUGGGAAACGUACUUGAGGUUGCGCUGUGGGCAACCAUGGUGAGGGACAAAGGAUUAGUAACCACUUUCUUGUACCUGUUUUAGCAGAUAUGACUUUCUGGUAGAGAGGGGAAGAAGAGAAAAUGGUCCACUUCGACCGCAGUUCUUAAAAUCAAAACUUAACUGGGAAUUAGUGAAAGUGAGCUUCUAGUUGAAAUGGGAAAAAUUAAUGUUGGUGAAAGUCCUAAGUUUCUUGCUUGUUGUUUUUCAUUGCAUAGAGUUUUGAGGUUUGUUUUGUAAGGGUGGGAUGCAGAAAGAAGAAAAGAUCAGGGACAACCCGUAAUAAUUUUUUAAAGAUACCAUGAUUUACUGCAUCUUCUACAUUUGUUUCAGAUUAAAUAGAUUUAUAUCCACUUACAGCUGAAUGUGGGAAAAUUUUUAAGAGAAAAAUUGUAAUGUGGAGGUGUCCUUCAGGACUCUCACAGCCAUAAACACUCGUGGGUGAGUAGAGGAAGCAGAGGAAAAGCUGGCUUCACCGCUUUGUUGUUCACAAAGCCUUUAUAAAUAGUAGUGCCUUUCAGAGGGGAGGUGGGAAGAUAAAGAAGUUCAUUGUAUUUAGACUGACUGAUACUGCAGCAUUUUUUUUCUUUAUGUUAAAAUAUCUUUUAAAUGAAAACAUCUGAAUAUAGGGUGAGGCCAGGAAUGCUUGAGUUUCAACCUCAGCUAUUCCUGAUUCGUCCUUUCUUACAGAAAGUCUUUGUUUUUUUCUGUCCCAAAUGUCCCCAUUGUUGAAAUGGGAUGGGGGGGUGGAGAGGAGGGACUUUAAUCUCAUAGGAAUGUUGGGAAAAUAGCAUAGUUGGGAUGCCUAAAAAAAAACACUUUGAUUUUUUUUAAGUGCUACACACUGCCAGUGCUAAGAAUUUUAUUGAUAGUAACUUUGAACAUUCCAGGUUUUCAAUACUCAUGUUUUAGGAUACCAUUUGCAAACUCGUAAGAUUAAAUUCUGUAAUUUGAUUUUAAUUGGAAGUGCCAGGUGCUUUUUGUCUAAAUGUUAUUUGGUCUUAGCCUGUAAUUUCAAUCAUUUAAAAAGCAUGUCUACAGAAAAAGGUUAGGAGACCUGAUGGUCUUAUGUGAAUAAACUGUUUUCUCCAGUAUUUCUGAUGGCAGACACAGAUUAGGGUGCCCUCCAAAGCAGCUGCUGCUCUCUCUUCUCAAGCUAUAUGCUUGGGAAACAUUGACAGAGAAGAACCCAAACAGCCACUUUCCACACUGGGAGGGCAGAAGUAAGAAUAAAAUAUUGUCUGAUAUCACAACUCAUUUCUUCAGAAUCUCACUGGCAUCCACCGUAAGAAGCAAAUUACAUGUACAGGUGUAGAAAUGAAUAGAACUGUUGGAUUUUAGAGGGGAAAACUUGGAUUUCUCUCUCCCUCUCUCUCUUUCUCUCUCUCUCUCUUUAAAGAUACUUAAGAGUUUCUGGAGUAGCAUAUUUGCUUUCUUAUAGUCUCCAUGAUUUAGUGCCCAGGAGUUAGUCAUUCCUGUUUGCUUGCCUAUGUGAAAGAGCAUGGAAAUUUAGAUUUGUGAGAACAUGAGGGAGCAAAUACCUUAUAAACUAGGUGGUGGUCAUUUCUGUGUAUUAACUAAAACUUGGUCC